AUGAUGGAACGGCAUGUCGGAGCAGAGCUGCUCAUCUCAUGGCGGCCCGAAGUGGACAGACAGGAAGGGGCUGUGAAGAAGCGUGCGAGAACUCUAGAUUUUCCACAUCCUGUGUUGGUGGCGGUGAAAGCUGGAGCUUCACGGGUGUCUGGGAGUGCCGGGCCGAGCACGCAGCCUGAGCCUGUCGGGAGGGGAGCCUGGCUCACAGGAGCCUCUCUGCUCCCACUUGCUCCUCUCCCUCUCUCUUACUGUUCUCCAGGGGCACAGCUCCGACUUUGCAUUUGUCCAGGAAGGUACCAGAAGAGUUCACCAAGGGAUGGGAGGCAGCCCUUUUCUGGAAAAUCCUUUGAUUUGGAUCUGCCUGGCCAGAAUCUGCAGUGUUUAACAAGGGCCAUCCACCAACUAAGUGGGCUAUUUCCUCCUGUAAUUGAGGGUUUUCUAAGCGAAGAAGUAAGUUACAUUGUGUCCAGCCACAGAGAAACAAAGCCACAAGAUGGCAGACAAGGCUGGUGUGGUCUAGCAGGCCAGGCUGGAGUCCAUACAGGAAAGGUUCUGUACUGGGUAGAUGGUGGAAGCCUUGCCCGUAGCCCGUGUCUUCUCCAGAGACACGCAGGUGCACACGCAGAGCCGUCCUUCCGGUCUCUGUGGACAGAGAGACAAGAACAAAAGGCGAAGGGAACACGUCCAGGAACAGAGUCAAGAACACAGAAAGUGGCCAGAGUGAAGGCACCAUUCCUCAGAGAUGAAGGUGGGAGCUGGCGAGUGAGACCUCCCUGCUCUCUGCUUGUCCCCGCAGGAAGGAGGGAAAGGUACCCAUGGGACCCCACAGAACAAGGGAAGCUCAGCCGAGGUGCCCGAAAAGCCGAGAAGAGACGGAAGCUGUGGGCCAAUGGCUGCAGAUGUGGAGGAACUCCUUACAAGGGUCCUCGGCUCCCGCUCACAGUCACCUGUGGUGUCAGACACACGAGUGAGGUGAGCACAGAUGAGAACCCACAGGGAGGCCUCUUCCGGGGCUUCUCGGAUCCCCUGGGCCAUGUGGUAUCAGAUGUAGCUCCAGGUCCUAUGCAGCAGCCCUUCCUUGAGGGCCCCAGCAGUGACCACGUGACCCCACCCUCUACCCUCCCCAGGGAACUCAAGUGUGGGGAACCAAACCUGUGGCCAGCUGCAUGCACCAUGGCCAAGAAGAAGGGGUUCUGUGAAUACUGCCAGGAGGCCUUUGCUCCCUGUGCCUUAUCUAAUGCCCUGCGCCUCCCCCUGGCCAGCAUCCUCCGAGUUUCCAGCACCACGGCUUUGCCACCGCUUUGUGGACAUAGCUUUUUGGGGUCAGACUCCCCAAAUGAGCAGAACCAGCCACACCCAGAACCCCGAGUGAGGUCACAUAAGAGGUGGCCGUGGGCGUGGUGGGGAAAGGGCAACUCUGGCUACCUAAAAAUGGGUGUACGGGUCCUGCGUCCCUCCAAGAUGGGUGACAAGCAAGGCUGUCAGGUCCCUGGCUCUGAUUGUGACCCACUCUGUCUUGAGAGUCCACCCCCUGGCCAGCCAUCCCAUCUUAGGGCGGCAUCUCCUGGGAUGAAGAAGGAAAGUGGCGGCCAGACUCCGGGUGUCCCAGAGCAGAAGGGGACAGUGCACAGCACAAAGGCACCAGCUGACCCUGCAGUGGCUUGGUGAGGUGCCAGGACCAGAAGCAAGAUGUCUGGGGGACCAGCUGGUUUGCUUGUGCCCCCCCCUCCCAAGGUACCUUCUGACCAGCUCUUAUGAACCCCCGCUCUGACCUAGACCUGGCACUCGCCGGCCACCAGCACAAGAUUCAGUUCCCUGGUGGCAGGGCUGAGAAGAAGCCAGGGACCAUCUGGCCACACACCUCAUCUUUUGUCCCAAGAGCCUCUAGUCUCUGUGGUGCCAAGACAAAUGGUCGCAGACGUGGUUUCUCCUCUCCUCUUCCAUGUCCUGAGUCAAGACCCCAAGCCUCCUGCCCGUCCUUGGCCACUCACAGAACUGCCUCUCCUUUCCAGAGCCCAUUCUCUGGCAGGCCCUCAGAGAGACCAGCAAGGUCUUGGACCAUCCAGUCUCCCGGGCCUGUGGGAAGAUGGCCCCUGGAAUCUGAGGAUUCUGAGUGUGCGGCCCUCGGCGCUCUUUGCCGGCAGGCUGACCAGCUCCCCGGCUGCUCCCCCAGUCUCCAGCCGGCUGUCAGCCUACUGGUACCCAACAGCAGGCGGGCCUGCCGACGCCCAGCCCCCAUCGCUCUCCCCCUUGCUUCCCCAGCCGGUGUAGGAUCCCAUUGCUCCGGUAACUUUGGGGGCCCCAGCCUCUCCAAGUGUCUUGUCUCCUGGGCCCGGCCCCUGCUGGGUGCUGGCAGACUGCUGCUCCUAUGAAUCCCGGAGACAGCUCCUAACUGCAGGGUCAGAGUCGGGGAGGGGGGGGCACCUGUGCUGGUGCUGCCCACUGACCAGGGCUCGCUGGGGCAGCAGGAGGACCAAAGCCCGAGACCACCCCGGAAGAGCCAGGGGGCGCAGGCCUUUGGGGGGUCGGUAAAGCGGCUGUGGUACUCAGCUCUGUGGUGCAAAAGCACUGCCAGGCUGCCGGGUCUUUGCCUAGAGGAGUCUGGACUGGGAAUGCCCUCUGCCUCCAGCCACGGAUGAGACCGGACAGAACUCUGCAGGAGGCUUGCCCAGCCACAGCCAGCAGCCCACAGGGACAAGGUUGGCGUGAGAGGGACCACAGAGGAGCUGGAGCAGUGGCCCAGCUUCCUGCCUCCACCACCCCACCCCACCCCCACCGAGCACUUGCCUCUUUUCAGAGCCAAGGGUUAGCUGGUGUUGCCCACCCCCACGGCAGCCUCCUUUCCCACAAGCAUGUGGUCUCUCCUGCGUUCUGAAAUGGCUGUUUGUGUCCCCUCCCCCACCCCCCCACGCUCACUCGGAUCCUCGGGGAAACAUGAAGCAGAGGAGGGCUUGGGCUGUGAUGCCUCCCAGCCUUGGCUCCCCCAUGCACUUAGCCGGAACCCAGCACCGACCUCCCCCGGCCCAGGAUGAGGCUGGAGGCCCUCUGGGGAGCCCUCUCGGCUCUUCCCUGCACCCCAGUUAGGCUGAGCUUCCCACCAAGAACACUGCUGUUCAGGGUCAGUGUCUCACCUGCCAAGUGUGUGUCUCCCUCUUCCCCCGCUCCCCCAGGACCUCCUCCCACUUCUGACAGCCAAGCCAUUAAUCUGGAGACAGAAAUGGGCUUGCUAUCGAUUCCUGGGCCACUGGUUUUUAUUACAAUUUGUUCCGUGGUCCUUCUCACCCUCUCUGCCUGUGUGCUUGUCUCUUUAAAUGUUGAAGCUGCCAGGAGUCUGGUGCUAUUCUGUCUCCUUUUGGAGGAAGAAAGGGGGGCCUAGCUGUGGGUGAGGACCUGAGUUGUUAUCUUGGAAAUAGAGCAACUGAGUACACUGAG